AGUAGCUUAGCACCAGCGAGGAGAGGGAGAUGGAAAGAAAUGAGGUCUGAAAAGGACCCGAUGACCGUGGGCAAGGAGAAAUGUGUCGUGGAGAUACAGUUUAGGGACAUCCCAAGAGAGCAGGAAAACAUUCCCGGUAAUCCAAAGCAGAAAGAAGAGAAAAAAGAGGUUUUCUCUAAGGUGGUGAUUCGAAGGCUCCCACCUAGCCUGUCGAAGGACCAGCUAGAAGAACAACUUAGUCCACUUCCAUCUUACGACUAUUUUGAGUUCUUCCCAGCAGAUCAAAGUCUCUAUCCCCACCUGUUCUCCAGAGCUUAUAUCAAUUUUAAAAACACAGAAGAUAUCCUGCUGUUUAGGGAUCGAUUUGAUGGCUAUGUCUUCAUUGACAACAAGGGCCAGGAAUAUCCUGCGGUGGUAGAAUUUGCCCCUUUCCAAAAGAUUUCCAAAAAGAAACUUAAGAAAAAAGAUGCCAAAGCAGGGAGCAUUGAAGAAGACCCAGAAUACAAGCGAUUCUUGGAGAAUUACUCCUGUGAUGAAGAAAAAUCGAUGGCUAACCCUGAGAUUCUGCUUGGCGAGAUAGAGGCCAAGACCAGAGAGCUCAUAGCCAAGCGGACAACACCGCUGCUGGAGUACAUCAAAAAUAAGAAAAUUGAGAAACAGAGAAUAAGGGAGGAGAAGAGAGAGGAAAGGAGAAGAAGAGAGCUGGAAAAGAAAAGGCAAAGGGAGGAGGAAAAGAGGAAGAGACGAGAGGAGGAGAGGCGUAAGCGAAAAGAGGCAGACAAGCAGAAGAAACUAUCAGAUAAAGACAUUAAGAUUAAGCUCCUGAAGAAGAGUGACAGAGAUGAUGAUGUUGAUUCAGAUCGAAUAAAGGACAAAAGCGACAACGGAGACGCAGACAGGCCCAAAUGGGAAAAAGCUGGAGGCCAACUGAAGUUAAAAGAGCUCAAAGAAAAAGGUCAGCCUGAGAGUGACAAGGAGCAGAGAGAGCAGCACGGGCGCAGGCAGAGAGACAAGGAUCACCGAGGAAAAGACGAAGACAGGAAACGACAGCAACACCAUUAUGAGUUUGACAAGUUCAUGCGCAGGAAAGAUGAGACCAAAUGGGGGAAGGGCUACUGCCAGGAUCGUGCCAAGAAAGAGGGGCAUCAUCAUAGCUAUUCUUACUGUCCUGAUGGUGGAGACAAAAUGGGAAAGGAGGAUAGGGAUGACCUGAGUAAUAGGAAGGAACGCCUCCGAAACAAGGUGAGCGAGAAGGACCGCCCAGCCAUGCAGCUCUAUCAGCCAGGCGCACGAAACAGGAAGCGUAUGAGCUCAGCCAGCAAAGGCUACGACUGCAUCCCUGUGGGCCACUCACCCGAACGCAGGACAGAGCAUUGUUAUGAGGCUGUAACUAUGGCUAUGGGGCUGGAAAGGGGGUUUGAAAAAAGCAAAGAUGAACUGUGAGUCUGGAUGUUUUGAGCAAAUAAGAAAAUAUAUAAUAUUCAGCUUUUUUUUAAGGCUAAAUUGAUAGUGGCUGGUUUGUCUGGUUAUCAUUGGGCUUUCAGGACUGAGGAGUAUGGGCAUUUCAAAAACAAGCUAUCCUAUCUGUUUUGUCAUUAUUUGGUGUAAUAAGAUUCUUAAUCAUGGAAGGUGAUCAAAGCUGAAGCAUGAGAGUUUGAAUCAUAAAGAAAAGAGAAGCCAAUAAUGUUAACUAUGAGAAAGACACAAUUAACUUCAUCUGUCCCAGUUUUGGUCAUUUUUGACAAAUUAAAACUGAAAUUGUCCUUUUAAUGUAACUGCUACAUUGACCUCAACACUUGAGACAGUCCAGUGUCACUACCUCUGGUCAUGAUUUGGAAGUGUUUCCCUUUUGGAGGUUUUCCACUUCCAACAGUAGUUUAUGGCCUCAUCUUUUCAAAGAGAUCUUCUUUGUAAGACUUUGUAGAGUCUGCUGAAACGCGAUGUUUCUAAUGAUCUUAUAGAUUUUUAUAAAAACAAAAGUAAUGAAAAAGGAACUUUCAGAAAGUGGUAAUAGAAACUGCAGAAAGGAAAUUCAGUGCAUCCUACCACGCGUCUGGGUAACUGAAUGAGAGUUGAUUUAGACAUCAGAGUUUUAUUUCAAAUAUUAUACUUGUGUCUUACAUUCAGUCCAUGACAUAAGGUGUCACAUAACAGAUACAGAUUUUUUUGUGAGCCAAGCUUUGUACACAACCACCAUGAGCCAGGAAGAACACAUUCUCUACAUUUCUAUAAAGCAUUUCCUAAAAGUGAAAUAUGAACUUGCAAAGUAUGACGCCAGCUGGUGAGUUUUGUUUUUUUUAAUGCUGUGUGCAUGGAUUUUUAUUAAUGCUGUUAAGUAAAUGUAAUAGAAAAGUCAUAAAUAUUCAUAAUAUAGAUAUUAUGCCUUAUUUGAAUUUUGCAUGCGACCCAGCAUUUCUCUGUAAUAUUUGGUUUUAUUUGUGAUUGUUUUUCCUUAUGUUGUGGGAAAAUAAAGCUCUAUUGGUAGAACAAA